AUGGCACCGGGGCGCUCCAUCCCGGGGCUGCAGCUGCUGAGAACCCUCAUCAUAGCGGGCCUGCUGGCUGCCGCGCAUGGCGACCUCACGACCGACGACCAGUUCUUGUGCCCCACGCCGCACGCCAUCCCCAACCUGCCCAUCCUGAAAACGGAGGCCAGCAUCAGCUCAGGGAAAGAGCGGGCUCCAACCGACGUCACCCUGGUUACACAGCUCUCCUUCGAGCGACUGUACAUGCUGGAGGGUCAGUGCGACGUCUGGAGCGGGACCAUCUCCGCCGCCGUGUACAUCGCCCUGGUGGGUGGGAAGGCCGUGAGCGUGGAGCUGAACAGCAACCAAGACCCACACCUCAUAGCCCUGAGCCGGGUGGUGGCUGCCUUCCGGCAGUUUCACGAGCUGGCGGAGCAGAAAGGCAUCUGCAAGCUGGACCUGCAGCUCGUGUCCCAGGAGGUGGAGAACGUCUGGCUGUCCGGCCUCUACCCCGUCAACUCCAUGCGGAAUCGGGCCCUGGCCAAUGCCAAGACUGAUGUGGUCCUCCUGCUGGACGUCGACUUCUGGCCCAGCGCGGAGCUGGUGGAGGUCAUGGCCCAGCCGCGCAAGUACGAGAGCCUGCGCGGCGCGGUGCUGGCGCGCCGCGCCAUCGUGCUCCCCGCCUUCGAGCCCGGGGACGCUGGGGACGUGGGCGUGGAGGUGGCGCGCGGCGCGGAGCUCGGGGGCAAGGCGGCGGCGGCCGCCAUGUCGCGCGACGGGCGGCUGAAGCCGUUCCACACGGACCGCUACCGCGCAGGGCACCGCGCGACCGACUACGCGCGCUGGCUCACUGCGCGCACGCCCUACCACAUCCGGUACGAGGAGGGGUACGAGCCCUACGUCCUGGUGGCGCGCCGCUUCGUGCCCUGGUACGACGAGCGCUUCGUGGGGUACCGCAAGAACAAGGUGGUGCACCUGCUGCACCUGGCGCAGCAGGGCACGCUGUUCGUGGUGCACCCCAACGCCUUCACCGUGCACUCCCCCCACCCGCGCGCCCGCACCUGGAAGGUCACGCGCAAGACGGGACUCUGGGACCAGCUGGCGACCAUCUACCGUGAGGUCAAGGAGCAGCUGGCCGCGCAGACCUACGUCCCCGCGGCCAUGUACUCCUGCGGCGAGCACGGAGCGGCGGCCGCAGCCAGCGGCGCCGUGACGACAGCAGAAGCACAGCCGAGUGCAGGGGCGACGGCCGGGGACGCCGUGCUGGGCGAGGAUCCUGGCGCUGCCACGGCUGUGACCGCCGCGUGA